ACGGGAUCAUAAUUUGGCCAACGAGCGCAGGGUGUAGAAGUAUGGAAAGUGCGCAAAUCAAUCAGCGUGCCGCGGGCUUGAGUCGCACAGAUCAAGCUUCACCGCGGCUGAGAGAGGGCACGGCGCAACAGGCAAAUCUCUGUCCACAUUAUUCAUAGCACGAGAGUUCCAUUGGGCAGGCCACAUCUUGGCGAUACGCGAUACUGAGGAAGACAGAAAAGAGGAAGUAGUGCUCUUUGUAACACCUUGUCUGGAAGGUCUGACGCCACCGGAUCCGGCGAAGUAAGUCACACAAAAACCUUUGUUCUGAGCCAGCUACCGAGGGUCUAUAUCCCUUCGAACCCCCGAGUAGGUUGACUUUCAUCUUCAAUAAUCCAGACUUAUCGACAAUGGCGGGCAAGAAGCAGAAAGCUAUCGAAGCCGCGAAGGCUACCAAGUCUAAUACCACUGUCGCAUCGAAGAAGAUACAGAAGAAGCCGAAACAACAAAAUGCAGUAUCCCUUCGCCGUUCAACCCGGCUAGCUACUUCAUCAGAUCAAGAGAGUGUGAAUCCGAAGGGCCAAGGUCUAAAGUCCACUUCCAGUCCUGCGAAAGGACUUGACAACGAAGAAGAGGAAGGGAUCGCUGAGCUGAAGGCACACAAAUUUCCUACAAAGAGUGUUCCAAUCACACACGUGCUCGCAAAGGAACCAGAGCGCGGUGAGUCGUUCUGGAAGUCUGCAUUUGCUAGAAUCGGACUCAAAAUUGGCCACCACGGCUCUUAUUUGUUUACUCGACAGGGUGAUAGCUACUCUCUGACCUGGAGACUGCCCAUGAAAUCAAGGGGAAACUGGCAUGCAAACAUUCGCAACAGCCCUCUGGCCGCUUUUGCGGAUGCAGUUGGAGCACAAGAGGCGCCUCUACCCCCGACAUACAUGUUUUUGCCACGCGGGGCUGGUUGGAUGACUGCCACAAAGAUUGCUGAGAAGACUUCGCCUGUCGAGUCUUCUUCUUCUUUGUCGGGCUCAACUUUGGUUCCUAGCUCUUCCUCUAUAUCGCCGAAGACACUUGUCGGUUCCUUCACUCGAUCAAAGAUCUUGUCUGGUUCUUCGUCUUCGUCCAAGAAGCUCCUUAGCCCUUUCUCAACAGAUAUGCUAUCUAGCUCUUCGUCGAAGACGUACUCGCCGUUCUCUUUUUCCUCAAACCCACUUCUUGGCUCCCCAUCAUCAUCCAAGUCGCUCGCUAAUCCGUCUUCAUCGUCACGAACAGCUUCCAGGGCUGUUAAGGACAUCCAGCCAUCCGGAGGCGACCCCACUCCAUCCACUCCCCGUGGUCGCUUCCGCAAUAAAGCUACUUUCGUAAAGCGUCACGACGAAGAAGUCACUUGUCUUACUGCACCUGAAUCCGAUGGUAAGCCCAGAUUUGGUGAAACCGGAAGUGUGAAAGUGGCUACAAAACUUUCUGAGCACCCCACUACCGGCGGCCUCUCUGGCGGCAAAGGGUCCAAGAAGCGCCAAAACGAAGAGUUCGAGUCUCACGAUACCCACUCCGGGCGAUGUCCCUUCGUAUUUGGCGAGAAGUGUAUUCAUCGUGAUCCCAAGAAAAGGGAAUCCGCAAGAAACCAUCAUACAAACCCAACCCCUGGGCUGAACUUCAGCCUCAUUCCUGGGCUUCCCUUCAGUGACCCUUAUCUCGCCAAGUUCUAUGCUGAAGGGUUUGCUCGUCACGCUGCACGCUUAGAGCAAGCACACAAUGAAGUGUUUAGUCAGAGCAAAGAUGAUGAUCCACAGAGGGUAAAGUCAACCAAAGGCGGCUCCCCAUCUAGUAAGAACAAGAAUGACGAACCAGCAAUAGCAAAGUCAGGCAGAGGCGGCUACUCGACUGGAGAGGAGUUCACGUUUAACAACCACAGUGCGACCUCAAACGGUGUAAAGUUCAAGAAGCCUUACGAUAAAAAAGUUGCCCGCCACGCAGCAUCUUUUGGCAAAUACACAGAAUCACUAGACGAUCUCGUUACUUAUUUAGAUACAAUUCCUGCUCAAGCUUCGACGGCAUCGUUUGUGGAUCAGGGAAGACCGACUUAUGCACCUAGAGCGACUAGACGUACGGCUUCUGCCAUGAACAGUCCUUCGAACUUUGUUUACACGACAAAGUGGUAUAGCAAUCCUAAUGAGAUUUCACUUGAGUAGGUCAAGGUGUAGGAAUAGGCAAGAGGGCAAAAUUUGUAUUUAGAGUGAGGAA